AUGAGCGACCAUGAUUUGAACUUGGCGACUACUACCAGCAUUGAACAACUGCUCGAUUUGUUGGAUCGCAAGAUUGCCAACCCUACGAACGACGACCUGCAAGAGCAAUUCUUCAACGACGUCCUUGGCUAUCUUUUGACAACUUCCUCGGAACACUGGUGGUGCGACGAUCGGGAACGGCUGAUCGCCCAGGAAUCGCUAUGGCUCUUUUCACUUCCUGACCAUCCAUCGAUCUCUCAUUACAAGGAAAAGCUCUCCAAACAGCUACGAAGUUGCAGAAGGUGUCUCGUUUAUUACUAUGGUACAAAACCAGUUCUAAGGAAGAGAUACGAGCGACUCUUUUCUACCGAGAAUGUGGAGUCUUUCUUUUCGUUACUUGCUCGCUUUGAUCGACAUCGUGUGAUGAAGACUUUACGACGCAGCCUCUACAUUGAAGAUCCAUCUCAGUCAUUUACGCUAUCCGAGCCAUUGAUAUGCACGAUCUACGACAUUUUAUAUACCCCAAGCUUGUUACGUGAAGAAGAUUGUGAUCGUCUCGUCUGCAACCUAUUUGACAAGAUGAAUGCUCAUGCCGUGGCGCCUUCUUAUGGCUGUGAGGUUGCUGAUGGGAUAUCUUUUUUGGCAUUUCAUCAUCAUGAAUGGAUUCGUGUGUGGGCAAGGAAGCAACUGCUCAAAUUCUUAUCAGAGGAAAUCAACGUCUCUUUAUCACCCGAUUGCAUGAGAUCCAUAUCCAGUUUAUUCUCAACAACGAUAGCAACGAAUGAUGCUUUCCCUGUCAAAGCGGUAGAAGAUCUUGGAGAGCGCUGGAAGUCAUUUCGUGUCUUGAUCAACCUGUUAUCAGCAAAAGAUGUCAUGUGGAUGUUGCAAGAAGCAAAGAUCUUUGGAAUUGGAUGGCUGAAACAGCAAAUGGAAUCAACGAAUAGCACAGCUACUUUGGAGUUGAUCAAAACAUUGACGCCUUUAUUCCGGAAGAUGGAUGGAGAUACGACAUUAUGGUGGGAUGAGAAUGAUCACAACGUACCUGCAGAUUCCCAUUAUGCAUUGAUCAAGCAAAUUUUCAACUCUUCGGCAUUCAAGAGCUAUAUCAUCAUUGCGCAACACGACAAGGCGAAUAAAGUCGUACAAAAGGAUGGCACACACCUCUCUCAAGAUCGGCUGAUUGGAAAGAUCAAAAGUCGUCUCGAAUGGAUUUAUCUCUACUGGAAAUCAAUUCCAUCAGCAGACGUACGUGAUGACCUGGCGAAUCACAUCCUUGAUACAUUGCUUGGUUAUUUUCAGCUUGACAUCUGGUCCAUCAUUUGCAAAGCGAUUUGUGUCGAAUGGUCAUGUAACAUCCUUGAUUUGUACUCUGGAAGCGAUCUUUCGGAUAAAGUCAACAAGCAUGGUUCUGCUAUCAUUCGAUUUGCAUCAAUAUCAGAAAACGAGUUACCAGAAGUGUGCCAUGAGGUACCUGAAAGAGCGGCAUUGAUUCUUAAGCAAGUAUUACACAUGGAUGGAAGGAUCUUGCGAGAAAGCAUAUUUGGGAUCACGUCUACAACAAGAUUCGAGGAUCAAUCUCUUUGGCAAUCAUUAUUCGAGAUUUAUUUGCAAAAGCAAAAGGUGGACCAACGACUUGCAGUGGUUGUCUUUUCAGCGUACUCUGAAUUUGCCAUUGCCGAUAUGACACCAAAGGAAGUGAAUGCAGCAAGCUCACCAGCAUUGCAACGGAUGCGUCAAGCUCAAAGUGUGAUUCAGCAAAUAUUGCGCAGCACCAGCAGCACGAUGAUUGUGGAGAAUAGGACGAGGAUGAUUGAGGGAUUGGAUUUGGUGGAGCCAUUCCUUUAUAUGCUAUGUUCAAUACACACGGAGUUGCGUGAAGAAGCAUUCAAGUUUUUGGGAUCUUCAAAUCGGGAUGAUGAUGCACAAGCGUUUCGCAAGAUAUUUUUCCAGCAACCGCAACAUGUGCUAGAGAAGUUCAAUCAGCUAUUGGAUACAUUCAACAACCUGGCACUUUCUUUGGCUACUCGUGAUGCUUUCAACAUGGUCCCAACCCUUACUCGUCUUUUAUCGAUAUUAUUGUCUGCUAUGGUUGGUGACGAGGAUGGCUACAUGAUUCAAACCAUCGUUGGAGGCGUCACAUUUUCAGGUGUGGAGCAUGAGAAUGUCAAGGGAUUUUGGGAUACUUGUUGGAGGACUAUCAGCUUGAUCUUUGGAAGCGGCAGCGUAUGGUCUGAGACACAUAAACCUCGGCAGGUGGUCUCUGUGAUUAUGCCAGUCUUUGAUAUUGCACACGUCUUGAUUAGUGCUCGUCAGCUUUUUCAAAAAGUCAUGGAUAGUGCGGCACCCAGCGACAUGGACUUUACAAGCAAUGACACACAGCUGCAAUUCGAUUGUGUUAGUGCUACGGUGGAUUCUUUAUCCCAUUGGGUUUACGUGACACGAUCCGAGGUUCUCGACAAGCUUAUUCCUCUUCUUACAUCCACCAUGAAGCAUCUUCAUCAAGCACACGUUACCAUAUCAACUGAAUGUUUUCAGCGAUUGAUGGAUGCAUCCACCGGUGUCAAUGCAACAAGGUUAUCUCAAGAGCAAAAAGAAAGUUUAUUCUUUGCUUUGAGCACACAUGAGCCUAGCAACAAUGGAAUCUUUUUGGAUGACAGCGACGAUGAUGAGAAUGUGGAAUGGGAAAUGGUGGAUGCAACAGCAACAAUGACGCCAUCCAGCAACGCAACAACGCCCGAUAGGAAUAUCACAGCCAUGCGACAAUUGAAAUUGGGUGAAUCAUUUUUCAAAGCCGUUGAUCGACCUACUAGUGACUCAGCAGCACCUCCACGCAAGUCAAAGAUCACAUCGUAUUUCCAAAGUGAUUCGGCACCGCCAUCCACUCAUGGUUCAUCAUCAUUGGAUAAGUCGAAUGCAUCUUCUGUUGCCACAAGCCCCAAAGACCCUAUACAAGAUGCCUCUCAGUCAUAUGAUGAUGAUUUCCCAAUGGAUGAUUUUGGUGACAUGGACUUUGCAGAUUUGCCAGAUGAGUGGUUUGAAGGACGUGUAACAGGAUCAGAAUUGGAAAGCGAGCAAGAACGAUCACCAGCUCCAACUCAAGCAACCAAGCGAAGCAAGUCCAUUGCAGGAGCCGUGCAGCAACAUAAUCAGGAAUUGCAACAACAGCAGCAACGACAACAGCGACAAAGUGAAAAGGAUCGUGGAAUGUCUUCUGUUAAUCGAGAAUCAUCAGCACCAAGAUUUUCAGUACAACCAACAAAGCCUACAGCUUACGCCGUUACGUCGACAGGCCGAAAGUUGAGACCACCACCAAUGGGAUUUUCAAAACUACGUGCGCUGAGAGAGGAGUUUCAUGCUGAACAAAAGUUGGUUGCUGCUGCCAAAUCACCAUCUGCAUCGAUCUCGAAUCGAAAGCGUAGAGAUGCAUCGACCGAUGGCAGUAAUUCAUCAUCAUCCAGUGAAGGCGAAUCAUCAUCAGAUGAGGACUCGGGUCUUCAAGGGCUUGUCAUGGACGUUGAUAAAUCGGCAAAAAAGAAUGAGAAGAUGGCAAAGGAGAACAAGAGCAAGAAUCGUGCUGAGGAAGAGCGUGCAAGCAUGAAGGCAUUGUUUGAAAAGCCUGUGAGACGCACAGCUCAAUUGAUUGACACACCAGCAACCAAGUACUUUUUGGAGAAGAAAAAGAAGAUUCAAGAAGCUGAUCGUCGGCGGCAAAAGAUACGACCUGACAUUGACCCGUUUUACAAGAUUGUUCUUUCUUGGGAUAUCACGAGGCGAACCGAGGUACCACCGGAUACGCCAACGGGCAUAUACCAAACGAUCAAGGAUCGCUAUGCAUCAUUUGAAGAAUAUCUCCAGGUGUUUCAAUCACUCUUGCUUUUGGAAACGUGGAUGCAGGUGGUGCGUGCAAAAGAGGCAUUGCAAGAUUACAACAUCAUUGAUCGGUGUGUGCUUGACAGUCGGUGUCAUGUCAAUGACUUUGUGGAUGUGACGAUGAACCUUCCAGUACCCUCGGCCAAUACACUGGCAUUGGAUGAUCUUGUGUGUGUUGCAAACCAUUUUGGAGGCGAUUUCUUUCAAAAGGAGUUGGAUUUUAUACGCACGGAUGACAAACCCAGCAACUGGCAUGGCCAUUUAUUCUUGGGCAAGAUCACUGGUAUUGUGGCAAAGAUGAAUUUCAGCCAUGUUACGAUGCGGUGCUAUUUUCCAGCUCACAGGAUCAAGACUUUGAAUGCUUUAUCACCCAAAUCAACAUGGCGUAUGUUAAAGUUAACCAGUUUGACAACGGCUCAAAGAGAAUACGCUGGAUUACAAGGCCUGCAACAUUUUGACUUGGCAGAGGAAAUCUUACAUCCUAAGGCGAUUCCAAAGGCACCUAUCAACCACCGAUUAAAGGAGGAAUGCAUAGCAAGAUAUGGUGUCAAUGAGCCACAAGCGGAGGCCAUUGCCGGGGCGUUGGAACGGAAAAAGGGAUUCACUUUGAUUCAGGGCCCGCCAGGAACUGGUAAAACAAAGACCAUUUUGGGAUUGUUGGUCUCUCUUUUCGAUCAAGCACGACAACAGCAAUCGGGGCAAUCGGACAGCAUUGGUGGCAAAAUCUUGGUCUGUGCACCCAGCAAUGCAGCAGUGGAUGAGAUUGCAAAGCGUUUGAAAGAUGGCAUCAUGACAUCGAGAGGCCUGGUGAAACCCAAGGUUGUACGUAUCGGCACAUCUGAAUCGGUCAAUGCAUCCGUCAAGGAUAUUUUACUUGAUCGCCUGAUUGAAAAGGAGUUUGCCGGGACGAUCAAUGGAACUUCUGAAAAGUCUCAAUUCGCAUCCAAGCGGGAGAAUUUGAAUGAAGAAAUUCGCAAGACACAGCUUGAGAUUGAAGACGCCGAUCGUGAAAUCGCCGAAUGCACAACUACAGAAAUCAGCGAGCUACGUGAUAAGCGGCGUGAGCUGGUGGCAAAGCGCAGCAAAUUACGCACCAUGAUGAAAUACCUCUCUCAAGAUCAACGCGAUUACACACGUGAAUUGGAAUUGUCGAGGGUUCGUGCACGGCAAAAGGUGUUUGCUUCUGUGGAUGUUGUUUGUGCGACUUUGAGUGGAAGUGGACAUGACAUGCUUACAUCCAUGGGUCUUUCAUUCGGCACGGUCAUUGUUGAUGAAGCAGCACAAUCGGUGGAAGUGAGCUCAUUGAUCCCUCUGAAGUAUGAUUGUCAACGUUGUAUUUUGGUUGGUGAUCCGAAUCAGCUUCCUCCAACGGUGAUAUCUCAAAUGGCAACCAAGUUCCAAUACGAUCAAAGCUUAUUCAUGCGUCUGCAAAAAAGUGCUCCGGACAACGUUUAUCUUUUAAGUAUCCAAUAUCGUAUGCAUCCAGCCAUCAGUGCCUUCCCAAGCAAGCUAUUUUACAACUCAAUGCUGCAUGAUGCCCCUGAAAUGGAUAUUGUGUCUGCUGCUCCAUGGCAUUCUCGGCAAUACUUUCCACCCUACCAAUUUUACAACGUUGAGGAUGGUCAAGAACGAACGGGUGCAGGACGCUCACUCUACAAUCCCGCCGAGGCUGAGGCGGCUGUGGCGCUUGUGGACAUGUUGGCAACGCAAAUGCCGCAACUUAAACUUGCCUACAAGAUUGGUAUCAUCACGCCCUACAAACAGCAAUUGAGUCAACUCAAGUCUCGAUUUGAACGAAGAUAUGGCUCUCGAAUCCUGGAUGUUAUCGAUUUCAACACUGUGGAUGGUUUCCAAGGACAAGAAAAGGAUAUCAUCAUCUUUUCAUGUGUGCGUGCCUUGUCUGAAAGAGGCAUCGGCUUUUUAGCUGAUAUUCGACGUAUGAAUGUGGGAUUGACUCGUGCAAGAUGUUCACUCUUUGUGCUCGGCCACAAACGCUCACUGAUGGGAAGCCAAUACUGGGGGGAUCUUGUCAAGGAUGCUAUGGACCGAAACCUAUUGAUCAAUAUUCGACCCCCAUAUUUCCAACAUCGCCUCGUUUCUGGAAACAAGCCUCGAAACCUCUUUGAGCAAGAAACAAAGACUGCUGGAACAAAGCGACCCAUGUCACAACCAUCCACGCCAGCGAAACGAAUUGCUAUACCUCAAGUGCAUACCGAGAGUAAGGAUAAACACAAGAUCUCAGGCGAUCGAUCCACCCACUUGGUAUCCAGUGAUCGAGAAGAGCUCAAGGAACAAAGUCAGACUCGUACCACGCCAACAACAACAUUUUCACAAUCGACACCACCAGAACGAUCAACACCACAACCACCAGCUGAACCCUUGGGUCGUCAACCUUUUGAGGAACAGCUCCCGACAAGGCGACCGUUACCACCACAACCACCACCACCGCCACCUUUUGGUCGUCAACCUUUUGAGGAACAACUCCCAACAAGACGACCAUUACCAAUAUUCGGCAACGAUGGGCCUUCGGAAAGAAGACACCCUAUGGCUUUUGAUCCUCCCACCAAUACGAAUGCACAUACGCCGCCUAGACAUCAUCGACCUGCUAGUCACUCAGCACAUCCUCCUGGUCCACCAAAUCAGAUGCGGCGUAAAAUGACGCUACUUGAGUAUCGUGCAUCCAAAGGUCUGACACCUUAUCCUCAGCAACAGCGACGAAGUACCCCAAAUCUGUUUAUCCAACGACCAAGACAACCCAAGGUACAGGCUAUUCCUCCUCCAUCAUCCGAUCGGCUUCAUGCUCGAGAACAAGCCAACCUUGAACUUUUCGUUUUUCUCAAGCACCAAGCUGCAAGAGAUGCAAUGAAGCAAGUGCGGAGAUCAGAGGAAGCACAACAACAACAACAACGUCAACAACAACAACGUAGUGAAAGCAACAAUAACGUCGGCGUCAAAUCGUUAGACGACAUGCUUCAUGACAUUCAUCACCAAAAUUAG